CCUCGAAAUCUUCCACCUCCUCCAAGACCACCAGCACCCAAAGUUACUCUUCAAAAAUCUUACACAAUUACAGCAUCUUAUCCCAAUCAAUCUCACGAUGAUCUAAUUAGCCCAGUGACUUCUCCGACUGCACUCCAGUCAACGCCUGUUCAAAUGAGAUCCAGUUACGAGGUCUCAACGGCAAGUUUGGAUAGACGAAAGCUCUAUAGAUCAAAAGCGGAGACUAGAGUUGCCAGACGAGCUACUCUUUCCAGACCAAUAACAAUGCACGAGACGACCUUCACCUUAAAACGAAAACCAAAUGAAAAUUGGAAUAAGUCCAUUGAUGAAAGUACCCUUCGUUCCAAAUCCCACGCACCCAAGAUCGCCUAUGAGCAAAGAGAUUCCAUUACUUUACCCAAAUUCUUAUUUGGAGGCAAGAAGAAGACUGUUCCGCCACCUGUAACUCGUCCUCAAUUGGCUGCCACCACUUCCAAUCAAAGUGGUGGAGCAAGCGCGCUAAAAUCAAUCGCAGACCUUGAAGACGGAAAUUACAUUUCACCAGUGGCUUACAAUGUUCAACAGUCAGCUCCACCGGCAUGUUCAAUACAAACAACUUCAGUGGGUGUUCAAACGAUUCCUCGAAGACCCAAAGCCCCUAUCUCAAGUCUUCGCCACGGAACGGAGCGUCCAACUUUGUUGACUAUUGCGACAAAUCCCAAGAUUCUGCAAGGGGGUCAUAAAAACACACCUUUUGAAGAGGCCUUCUUCGAGAAUAAAAUCAAACCUUUAUUAAUACAGGUUAGCCUGAAAGCAUGUUAA